CAAUGGAAGCAGCUUACGCGGCAGCAGGAGGAUCGGCGUCGCCGUCGCCCGCGGCGUCAACGCGACGCUUCUCUUUGACGUCGCCUUCGCGCCGCUAUGUCUUGCCUCACCGGUCACCUCGUCGGUCUUGCUUGUCGCUUAGACUGGUCUCAGAUUCCAACAGGUUCCAGUCUAUCCAAAUCAGAGCUUCUAAAGAGACAUCUAGUCCUUUCGAAACUGGAGACACAUUUGCUGUCGUGAAGGAGAAGUGGGAUGCUAUUGAAGACAAAUCCUUAGUCUUCCUUUAUGGUGGUGGAACAAUAGUUGCCGUCUGGUUGUCAUCCAUUGUAGUUGAUGCUAUCAACUCACUCCCUCUGCUGCCAAAGGUCAUGGAGUUGGUAGGUCUUGGAUAUACUGGAUGGUUUGUCUACAGAUAUUUGCUCUUUGAGUCAAGCAGAAAGGAAUUGGCCAGUGAUAUUGAAGCCUUGAAGAAAAAGAUUGCUGGAAGUGAAUAAGGCUACAGAAGGAUGGGAACUUGUGUGUCUUAGUUCUGGAAGUAUCUGAGAAGUCAAUACGUCCGGUGGAACAUACCCACUUCCUGCUGCUGCCGGGGAUGCCGGCAGGCCCAAGAACAUCUUCUCGGAGUUUAUGGAAGCAACCCACGUGCUCCAAGAACUUGUGAUCUUGC